GUUUAUUACUCUGCCAGACGUAAGGAGAGUUUCUACAGACGCGGGUUGGCAGAAGAAAACAAGGAAACGGAGCGAGACCAACCAGCAGCGCGGUUCUGUUCCUCACAGGUACUUUCCGCAGGCAGUGGGGUUUUUCAGCUCCUUUUCCCCCCUCCAUCGCCUUUCUCCACGAACAUUUUUCUGGUGCUGGAGGGACGGACGUCCGCGCAGUGGAGCGCAGGGGAUUUUUGGACCGUGCGUAAUUCUGGAGAGUUUGUGUUGUUGCGCUGCGUCAGGAUGCGCGUCUGGCCGCUGCUGUCUCUCCUCUGCCUGAUGUGCGCAGGACGCGCUCAGAAGUUCUCCGCUCUCACGUUUCUGCGGGUGGAUCAGGACAAGGAGUGCAACAUGGACUGCACCGGUGCUCCUCGGAAGCCGCUGUGCGCCUCCGACGGCCGGACCUUCACAUCUCGCUGCGAGUUCCUCCGAGCCAAGUGCCGUGACCCCCAGCUGGAGGUCAACCGAGGGCCGUGCAAAGAAACAUCCAGAUGUGUGGCAGAGAAGAAGUACACGGAACAACAGGCCAAGAAGCAGGCCUUUGUUCCUGUAUGCAACCCUGACGGCACUUACAGCGAGGUCCAGUGCCACAGCUACACUGGAUACUGCUGGUGUGUCACCCCUAAUGGACGGCCAAUCAGUGGUUCUUCUGUUGUCAAUAAAAAGCCUCGAUGCCAAGGUUCAAAACAAGACAGAGCGGCCCCCGUAGAGCCAAGACCAGGUUCAAAACCAGAAAAAGGAGCCUCCAUGGAUCCAAAACCAGUCUCCUUGCAAAUAUUCUCCAUUCUAAAUGCAGAACCGGUGGAGCCGCCGUCUCCUCCAGAGGACGAAGACGUCACUUCCCCGUACCCCGACCUGUGGUUGGAGCAGGUCCGCAGCCGGCAGAACAGAUCCAGAUCGUCAUCGUCGUCGUGUGACCAGGAGCAACAGUCCGCCCUGGAGGAGAGGAGGCAGCGUAACAACGACGCUGUGUUUGUGCCAGACUGCGCCCAAGGCGGGUUCUACAAGCCGGUCCAGUGCCACCCCUCCACCGGCUACUGUUGGUGUGUGCUGGUGGACACUGGACGGCCAAUACCGGGGACUUCAACCAGGUAUGAGCAGCCAAAGUGUGACGGUAAUGCCAGGGCCCAUCCAACUAAACCAAAGGACCCUUAUAUAACCAGACAUCUCCAAGGCUGUCCCGGGGCGAAGAAAACAGAGUUCUUGACGAGCGUUCUCGACGCGCUGUCGACAGACAUGGUGCAUGCUGUCACAGAUCCAGCAUCCGCCGGAAGGAUGGCGGAGCCCGACCCCAGCCACACCCUGGAGGAGCGGGUGGUCCACUGGUACUUCAGCCAGCUGGACAAGAACGGCAGCGGGGACAUCGGGAAGAAGGAGAUCAAGCCUUUCAAGCGUUUCCUGCGCAAGAAGUCCAAGCCCAAGAAGUGCUUGAAGAAGUUUGUGGAGUACUGCGACAUCAGCAACAACAAGGCGCUGUCCCUGCAGGAGCUGAUGGGAUGCCUAGGGGUGACCAAGGAAGAGGGGGCCAAAUCUGGGGAAGACCUACCUUCCAGUAAACUAAACCCGAGGAAGCAGGGCUAAGACCGACUCCUGACGCUUCCCCUCCCAGUCCGAGGAUCUGCCCUCAACAAUCGGCAACAGUGGAAACCAUAGUAUUUGCACUUUGUACUUUAAAAAAAGAAAAAAGAAAAUGUAAAUUCACUUUGUAGAAAUUUAGAUAUUUAAACAGUCUGCUGAAUCUGUGAACGGUGUAGUUAGCGUUUUGUGUCCUGACAACCUUAACACAUACAAUGUAUGUGUCCUUUGUGUGUCUAAAAAGUGUAGUUUAAAAAAAAAGAAAGAAGAAGAAGAGCAGGAAUUCAGGUUUGAUGCUACUUUUUGUGUCCCAGUUAGCUUUCAAGGCGGAUAUUUGUAUAGUUUGCUCCAUAGCGUCGAUAAAUUAGACCACAUCAUCUCUUGUCUGCUUAUCUGUCACAUCUGUUUCCGUGUUUUGUAAAGCAGUUUGCAGGAAUGUAUUAAUAAUCAUGCAGUAAAUCAUAAAAGUGUCUCAUAUGUUCACAUGUAUUCAUCUUUAUUAGAAAUAAAGAACUCUUUUAUACAG